UCUCCACGAUCAAACAACUGUAAUUCCUGGUUAACUAAUUCUCAACGGAUGCAUUUGGCCUUAUUUAAGUCAUAAGCGGAGAACAUGUUGCAGCUAUACGGUGAUUUACAUUGGAAAAUUAAUACUUGGGAAACUUUACAGUGGACGGUGUUUAAGGACCGGUCUAGUCUCGCGGUACAAUUGGCCCCUGCAGAUAGUCACGUUGUGUGUCUCCAACACCAAAUCCAGGAGCCAUUUUAACAGCGGGAGCUAGUGAUCGUGCAAGAGAAGCGCGAGCACAGAACAAGGGGAAAGGAAAAUCAGGUGCUCGCGCUUCUCGCAUUGCUUUGGUUAUUUUGUUUGAGGAAGAAAAACAUUGCGCGUUCACUUCAUUUGUUUGCUUUAGUUUUUAUUUACAAAAUAAAGUUUAAACAAAAACCACUGACUGGAAGUUAUGGCGACGGCUACUCCAAGGAGCCAGCCGCGUCCAAGCGGCCGGAGUGCAGCCAGCUCCCCGCUCAGUCCGACCCGCAUUUCCCGGCUGCAGGAGAAAGAGGAACUGAAGAACCUCAACGACAGGCUCGCCGUAUACAUCGAAAAGGUACGCUCGCUGGAGUCCGAGAACAGUAUCCUGCAGUUGCAAAUCACCGAGAGGGAAGAAGUGACCAGCCGAGAGUUGACCGGCAUCCGGAACCUGUACGAGAAUGAGCUGGCGGACGCUCGCCAAUCUCUGGACGAGACUGCGAAAGAGAGAGCGCGGUUGCAGAUAGAGCUGGGGAAACUCCGCGGGGACUACGACAACGUGCAGCAAAACUUCACCAAGAAGGAAUCUGAUCUUCAUGGGGCCCAACUUCACAUCAAAGACCUGGAAACUGUGCUUCAUUCCAAGGAGGCUAGCCUUGCAACUGCACUGGGAGGAAAGAAUGCCCUUGAGGAAGAAGUUGAGGAUUUGCAGGCUCGACUUUCAAAGCUGGAAGUUUCCUUGGCUGCUGUGAAGAAGCAACUUGAAGAAGAGACUCUCUUGAGAGUUGAUCUUGAGAAUCGAUGUCAGAGCCUCACGGAGGAAUUGGAGUUCAGAAAGAAUGUAUAUGAAGAGGAAAUCAAAGAAACCAGAAAGCGACAUGAGACUCGUCUGGUGGAAGUGGAUACAGGUCGCUUAGUUGAAUAUGAGCACAAGCUGGCGAAAGCUCUGCAGGAAUUGAGAGAACAGCAUGAUGAACAAGUGAAAAUCUAUAAAGAAGAACUAGAAAAAAAUUUCCAUGACAAGCUUGAGAAUGCAAGGCUCGCCUCAGAGAUGAACACCAGGUCAGCCAAGGCAGCGGAAGAGGAGCUGAAAGAAAAUUCAAUGAGGAUAGAGAGCCUCAGCACUCAGUUGUUCAACAUGCAAAAAGAUGCUAGAGCUUGGCAAGAAAGAGUUCAGGAGUUAGAAGAUGCCCUAGAGAAAGAGAGGGAUGGAAAUCGCAGGAUGCUGGCUGAAAAGGAGAAAGAAAUGGCUGAGAUCAGAACACAGAUGCAGCAACAGCUAAAUGAAUAUGAAGAUCUUUUGGAUGUUAAGCUGGCAUUGGAUAUGGAAAUCAGUGCAUACAGGAAAUUACUGGAGGGUGAAGAAGAGAGAUUGAAGUUGUCACCAAGUCCAUCUUCCCGUGUGACUGUUUCUCGUGCAACGUCUAGCCGGAGUGUCCGCACAACUCGUGGAAAGAGAAAGCGUGUUGAUGUUGAAGAAUCUGAGGCCAGUAGUAGUCUUAGUAUCUCACAUCUUGCUUCUGCCACAGGGAAUGUUGCCAUUGAGGAAGUGGAUGUAGAUGGUAAAUUUAUCCGACUAAAGAAUAAUUCAGAACAGGAUCAACCUAUGGGCGGCUGGGAGUUGACCAGAAAGAUUGGCAAUGCGUCUGCCUCUUACAAAUUUACCCCAAAGUAUGUGUUGAAAGCCGGCCAGACGACAGCUAUCUGGGCUGCUGAUGCUGGUGUGAUAUCAGCUCCACCUGCAAACCUCAUUUGGAAGAACCAGAAUGCUUGGGGCACUGGAGCAGAUGUGAAAGUAGUCCUCAAGAAUUCUCAGGGAGAGGAGGUGGCUGACAGAAGUACCAUCUUCACAACCACUGUACCAGAGGAAGAGGAGGAGGAAGUUGAGAUUAGAGACGAAGAUCUCUUCCAUCAGCAGGGAGAUCCAAGAGCAGCUGACAGAAGCUGUACAGUAAUGUAAUCAUCCUGCAAGAUGAUAUCUUCAAAACUCAUUGCUGCCUGUGUUGAACUUAAUAUCUAGAAAUUCAAACUAUUUUUGUAUUUCAGUAAUUUGUAUUUUAGAUAUUUUGUUAAUUUCUUUUUGUAUACAUGACAUCAGUUCAGGGCUUUUUUUAUACUGUUGAGUUUUUUUAGAACAUUACAAGAGUGUAAAUCCGAAACCAAUGUGAAUCAUUAGGUUUUUUUGAACCUAUGGAAAAUGCUUUUCUGAAGAUUACAGAUAAAACCAGUGAAAAAUACUUUGUGUAGUUGAAGAAACUACAGUAAUUUUGGGGCAGCUUGCAUUUGUGAUUGCAUUAAGUUAAUAUGUGCAGCAGGGAAAUUGGGGUAUUAAAACAUUUUGGUAGCAACUUUUUUUUGUAAAUUUAUAAAUAGAACAGCACUGAACUUACUCUUUUUAAUGAUUUUUUAAAUUGUUUAUACCCAGCUGGCAAAAGCAUAUUACAGAAAAUGGGAUGAAGGAAGUUUUCUGUGUAUAGCUUUUGUCCCCUUAUGUAGACAGUGUUUGGGACAUGGUAUGACUAAAUGCAAAUGUUUUAAUGAGUUUUAAUGUAGCAACGGUCCACUGGGGUUUUCUUGGCAAAUAUGAAUAAAGUAAACAUUGUGUAAUAAAGAAUUGUUACUUUUCCUGAAAGCAAAUUUGUAUCAACAUACUAUGAUUUGGGGUAUUAUAAAAUAACUGGACCUCUUAGUGUUUUAAGAAACCAUUUUUUGUUUCUAGCUUUUAAGACGACUGCAAUUGUAAACCCUUCAAACAUUUACAAAUGAAUUGCAGAGAUAGGAUUCUAGCAUUUUGCUUUGUGCGCUGGCCAAGUAGACUGGCUAGUUGUAACGGCUAGUCCAAAAUGUUUAGGGAAGGGAUGGGCACCAUUCAGUGCAACAACAUUUGGGAUGUUCCUUUUUUUUAAUACUGGGAAUGUUCAACACCAGCCAGUUUGACCUAACCAGUGAUCAGAAAUCAAGAAUAACUGCUUCCUCUUGUAUCCAAGGAUUGUUAAGGAAAGCAUGUGAGAUAAAUUUUAGUUUGUAAAUUCAAGGUAAUUGUUCAUCUCGUUCAGACAUUGUUGGUACUGGCUAGCUUCACCAUUUUUACUCUUAAAGGUAUUUGCUAAUGCCAUCUUUGUAUUCUAUGACUUUUUAAGUGCAAUUAUUUGCAUUGAAUUAGUGACUAUUUCAUUUCCAUCUUUCUGAAAAAUUGCAUUGUGAGAACAUAUUCAUCUUGCCAAUAGAUCAUCCUGUCUGUGGGCUACAUUAAAAUAAUUCAAAUGGAUCGGAAGGGGCAUUACUUCAGAACAUGCUUCUUGUACUCAUACAUAAAACAAUAUGUGUGUUAUUUUGAGAUGAUGUUCAAGUGUGCAAUUUCAUUUUUAAGAACAUGAAAUAGACCGUGUGGGCCUCCAGCCUGCAGUGGUGUUCAACAUAAUAGUGGCUGAUCUUCUGUCUCAACUUCAUUUUUUGCCUAUUCCCCAUAUCCUUGAGACCAAAAACCUGUUUAUCUUAGCCUUAAAUAUAUUUAACAAAGAAGCAUUCAUGUUUAUAAUCAUAAAUAAUGAAUUUCAAAGAUGUGCAACACUUUUGAGGCUGAUCCUGUGUGCUGUAAACCCCAUAAUUACGGGUGACCACCUUCAGCUAUCUUACCAAGUAAUAGGUCCAAGUUCACCAGCCUCUCCUUGGAGCAACACAAAUUUGUGGAACAAAUCUAGUGAACCUUUGCUGUGUUGCAUUGAUGGUAGGUCCAUAUUUUAUUUUGAUGCAAAGAUCAUAACUACAUAUGGUGCUUCUGAUGCGGGCUCACCAAAGCUUUACACAAAUGUAGCCAAAAUUUACUGCAGAGGAUUGAACUGCAAGAUAAAGACUAAUGUACCAUUUUCUAAUUGCUUGCUGUACACCUGUUUCUGAGCAUAGCAGGUCUGUCUGAACUGUAGCAAGGUCAGAAGUCACACGGCACCAGGUUAUAGUCUAACAGGUUUAUUUGAAAUCACAAGCUUUUGGAGCACCCCUGCUCAAGUGAAGUGAAGAGAAGCUGUCCUUGUUUUGAUACCAUUGCCAUGACUACUUAAUGAACGCUCUACCUUAAUUAGUUUGUACAGUUUUCAAUUACUUGUUAUUUUGGUUAGACCCUUGGCCUAAGACUGUUAUACCUAUCAUGUUAUUCCAGCCAUUUGGUUUGUCUACAGCAUUUUUAUUUUAUUGUAAUGAUUCAACUGAGGCAGAGAGAUAUUAGGUCAUUUCUUCACUUGCUAUUCAACUGUUGACACUUACACUGACAUUUUUGAUCACCUGCAGAGACUUGUUAGUCUGUUGACACUCCACUCACCCCAUUUGUAUGAUCUUUUGAUGUCUCUACCUAUAAAUUCUGUCUGUUUGCUCCUUCAUCAGUAAAAUGAAGAGAAGUAGUGCUAUGAAAGCUUGUGAUUGCAAAUAAACCUGUUGGAUUAUAGUGUGGAGCUCGA